UUGAAGAUACCUCUUCUUUUUAUUCCCAAACUGGCUCGUCAAGCUACACUAAACAAACACAAGCAGCUCAUCGAAGAAUUCCCCUUUGGUACUUGACGGGAAUCAAGUACCAACUUAAACUUUCUGAUUUGGAGAAAGGAAGUCCUCUCCAUGUAAAUGGCAGCUCCAUCUGCAGGCCGUCCAGUGACAGUGACCGUUGGAUCCGUUUGGAAGCUUCAGUUGAACCCGUCACCGCCAACACCCAUCAGCCUGACAGUCGGAGCUGUAAUCACCUGGACUUGCCUCACUGUGGCUCGAGUGACCUUUGGCGUUGUGUAUUUCAGAGACUGCCCUCAGCAGCCGAACAUUCCCAACUAUCUGCUGGGGUUGGCUUUGAUUCCCCUGCUCAUGAUUCCCUUUGUGACUCUGCCCUGUGAGAGCUACGCCGCUCAGCCAAGAGAACCUCCCAGGGGUUUCAGAGCGUGCGUGCAGGGUGUUAUUGGCCUGUUUAUCUUCGUGUGGUCUCUGUUAGGUGAGGAGGGAAGAAUUGGUGAAAAUCCUACCAAAUAUUGGAUCCAAGCAGGUGAUGUGUGGGUUUUCUCGGUCUAUCAACCAAACUACGACCCCUCUGCUGCUGACGGCCUUUACUGUAAUAAAACCCUGUACACGUUUGCCUUCUGGAACGCCGUAUUUGAGACGUUUGGAUUUGGAGUCCUCCUGGCCAAGUUCUGCAAAGGAAUGCUGUGCUAUGUGCAUCUGAGUCCAGUAGACAGAGAUUUUUACAGGAAUGUCUGAAGUAUUGAAAGUAUAGUGUACGGUUUUAUUUAUGUAAAAAAAAUAAAAUAAAAAGAAUCUGGUGACAUCGUGUUUUGUAUCUGAGAAACUAACAUAUUUUAUCAGCUCUUGAUUGUCUAUUCAGUAAUAUAAACAUGAAUAAAACAAGGUUUUAAUGAA